AACACUGCUAAUAUUCAAGUUUCAUGUCUUCAACACCUGUGCAUUAUUACCUGUAAAACUUUCAUGUUAACUACCGUUAUGUCGAUUUUAUAUAGAUUUCUUGUGUUAAUCGUGCUUUUAAUUAAUUACUUUAAUGCUGAAAGUAAGUGACUAUAUAAUAUAUUGUUAUUUAUGUGUUUUUACGGCCGAUAUAUUCUAAGUAUUGAGUAUCCUUACGUUGUGACCAAAUCCGACAUUUUGUGGACGGCCACAAUUUACGACGACAGCUAGUUGCCACGGGAGCAGUCCCUGGACAGCCUCCAGCCUCUAACAUGCGAUAUAUGAUUUGGGAUGAAGAGCUCGCAGAUAAAGCAGCAAAAUGGGCCGACAAUGGAAAAUUAUCACACAAUCCAAAUAGAGCUUUAGGUUCUAAUAGGUGGAGUUUAGUCGGUGAAAAUAUUUACAUGGCAAAAUACUACUCUAACAUAAAUACUACAGUGACACCAAAUAUUGAGCAAGCCCUGGACUCGUGGUUUAACGAAUAUAAAAAUUACGGAUUCACUCCAUUCUCUCUGAACACGUUGAAUCCCAUUGGUCAUUACACUCAGAUGGCGUGGGCGAACUCCACUCAUUUAGGUUGUGGUAUCUCGCAAAGGAAAGAAAAUGACUGGACAUUAACAUUAUUUGUUUGUGACUAUGGACCUACUGGAAACUUCAUAGGAAAAGUCCCGUAUGAAAGUACUAACGUACCAGGAUAUCUUCAUUGCCCGAGGGGCGAAUGUGCCAAGCCAUACGGUAGUUAUUGUUAAAAUUUUAUUAAAUUAUUCCACUGAAAUAUGAUCAAAAAAAAACAAUAGUUGUUUCAUAAAACAAUGUACAAAAAUAUUUUAUGUAAAUCUAAUAAUACUUAGAUUAAUACAUAUGUGUUUAAUUAA